AUGGCAAAAUUUCUCGGGUUGAGGGGUCUGGGGCUCAAGACGGCCAUGGUCGUGCUUGUCGUGCUGCCAAGUUUCAUGCUGUUCGGCUGGAAUAAUGGCUCUACUGGACACGCAACAAACCUGGAAUCCUUUGUCAAGCAAUUCCCCAGAAUCGACACCGUCAACACGAAAGGUGCUGCGAAGUCGUAUAAUGCUCUGAUCCUGGGCGUCGUCACAGCGUGCUAUGAUCUCGGGGCCGUUGUUGGCGCACUUUCCUGCAUUUUCUUUGGCGAUAAGCUGGGAAGACUUCGCACCGUUUUCGUGGGUUUGGUCUUAUCGGUGAUCGCACUUGCUAUCGAAACCUCGGCCUUCUGGCUUGCACAAUUCAUCAUCGGACGUCUACUCGUUGGCGGAUCGAUCGGAAUCAUCUCAGCGAGUAUUCCUAUCUGGCAAACAGAAUGCGCCACCACCAAACAUCGAGGCAUGUUCGUCAUCAUGGAAGGCAUCUUCAUCAGCGCAGGUAUUGCGUUGCCUAGCUGGAUCUACCUGGGCACCAUUCCAGGCCUGACCGGUUCGGCUCAGUGGAGGGUUACCAUGGUUUUGCCUGCGGCCUUUGCCAUCUUCGCGAUGCCCUGGGUCUUUUUCAUGCCGGAGUCGCCCCGUUGGCUUGCGCGCAAAGGACGACUCGACGAAGCCCGAAAUGUUGUGGCGGCAAUCAUGGACCGGCCCCUGGACGACCCACAAGUCGUAGCAGAACUCCACCACAUUCAAGGCCAGCUGGAGCUGACUACCGGCGGCUUCCGAUCAUUCUUCAAGCACAGCCCCGAACGUCCACUUCAACGCGCCUUCAUUGCAUUGCUGGCACAGAGUUUCACGCAGUGGAACGGCUGUUCAGCCAUGAUCUUCUACACCGGCAGUGUCUUUGCUGAGCUGGGAUUUUCUGGUGAACGUGGCAAACUGCUCGCUGCUGGCUUCGUCACAACAUUCACCGUGGCCGCGUUUAUCCCUCUGUUCCUUGUCGAUCGGAUAGGAAGGCGGGUGCUCUUCAUGAUCGGUGCGAGCGGCAUGUGCGUUUCGAUGGCUGUUCUUGCCGGAACGGGUGGUCAUUCCAAUUUGGCACCCGUCGCACUCACCUUUAUGUUUAUCUAUGCCUGCUCAUACGCCAUUGGAUAUCUUGGGCUUCCCUUUCUCUAUGCCAGCGAAAUCGCCCCGCUGCGACUUCGAGUCCCAGUCUCCGCCAUCUCGGUCACGGGUCAGUGGUUGGGACAGUUUGUCGUUGGUCAGAUUACGCCGCCAGGAACAGCAAAUCUCGGCAGUCACUACUGGAUCAUCUUUGCUGUAUUCAACGCAAGUUUCCUGCCUAUAAUCUACUUUUUCUUCCCGGAGACCAAUGGCAAGUCACUGGAGGAUAUCGAUGAGAUGUUCGAAAGUUCCACCGCUUUGGGUGUUGUUCGCGCCUCUCGGCUUAUUGGGAAAUCUAGCGGAUCAGGUGUUGAAAAUGUCGUUUCGGACAAGGACCACAGCCUCAGCGAUGUAGAACAUAUCGAGGCAUAG